UCGAGUGCGCCGCCUCGACGUUCUCUUCUCUUUCCGGUCCCGGUAGCCGUCGCUAAUACAUCGCCGCCUCCACUCUGCCGCGUGAAAUGGUGCCUUACAAAGCCGUCGCCUCCAAUCGCUUCCUCCGUGGUUCUCUGCGCGAGUUUCCACUCUGUUCCGUCUUUAGCUCAAAUGCCACUCGAACCGUCACUUUUAGUGUUUCUGAUCCUUCUUUCCCUUUCUUGCCCUCGCCGAGGUCGGUUUCCUUCAUCUCUGAUGCCGCCUCCGUCGAUUCCGUGACUGAGGUGUCUAAGUCUGGAAGCCUUUCCUCGUUGUUCGCAAAACCGAAGCCCAGGCCGGUUUCGGUAGUCGCUGUGCCUUCCAAGCAUGACGCCGGUAGCAAGAAGGAAAAAAAACCGACGACUUUGACGAGCUCGGUGCAGCAUCGGGUCUUUGAGCAGAAAGAGUGGCCCAAAGAGCUACCUAAGGAAGUUGUGGCGCUUGUAGAACGGUUGCGUGAGAAGGGUUAUCUUAAGUUGGAAACCUUCUCUCGGAUGACUUCAUUGAGUACCAAGGAGGUGCCGGUCCCGCCGGCUAAUAUGUACUCCAGACAGUACGUGAAAUCAGCUGCGGAGAAAUAUGGGCAAGACCAGCAAGAGAUUGCAAAGUGGCUGUCAGGAAGUCACUUGAAGAAGGUUGCUCUUUAUGGUUGUCCAUCUGUCGAGAGGAAAACAGUAUUCGCAUCUAAAAGACUACGUUCAUUUUUCAGCAUUCAAGAAGACGUUGUAUGUCGAGGCUGCAAGAUAAGAGACCACUGCAAGUUUGCGAAUCUUAGAGUAAGCAAAGAGGAGAAGGUGAUUCUAUCAGAUACUAUGAGAAUCCUUGCAUUGUGGGCAUUUGAUGCAGUGCCGAGGCAGUUAUCUGUCCCUUAUAACUUCAAGUCCUCCGUUUACAAAUUGUUGGAGGAGGUACUCAAUCUUAGUGAUGAUGGUACAUAAAUAAGCAUGUACACUAUUGAAUUCUAGAAGACAUAGCAAAAGGAGAUAAUUUUAUUUAAUAAAAUAAGUUUUUUCCUGGAAAA